GGUUUUGAUCGUCGUGACCUCGCUGCAGUCGUCCCCGCGUCCUCCUCUUGCAUGACCCCCUCCUCCAACAGCCUACGAGCAAGCUCUGUCCAUCUCCGUCGUGUAGCGAAUUUCCACGAUCAUGGCAGUCUUGCCUUGGCUACAAGCAGUGCUAGCCCUGCCAUCUCAGUCCUCAUGGAUGAAGUUCAUUACUCCGGAUUACUAUCCAGGCGCACCUUACAUACUGCCGGGUCCAGACACUCGCACCAAUACUUGCCAUGUCAAGCCUGCACCAAGCGGUGGCGACUCGGCACCAAACAUCGUCACUGCCUUCAAGAAAUGCGGUCAAAAUGGCAAAAUCGUAUUCGAUAACACAACCUACCACAUUGAGUCCGUACUGACGACCACAAACCUGUCCAACGUUGAAGUCGACGUCCGCGGAACCUUACUCUGGGGUACCGACAUUCAAUACUGGCUGGCCAACUCCCUUCCCAUGGGCUAUCAAAACCAGUCCACAGCAUGGUACUUUGGUGGCGAAAACAUCUACCUCCACAGCAGCACCCAAGCCGGCACCUUCAACGGCAACGGCCAAGUCUGGUACGACUUCACGAACGGGGCAAGCAACUACCCUCGUCGUCCCCACCAAAUCACCUUCGGCUCCCUUCGCAACUCCGUCAUCGAGGAUCUCAACUUCAUCCAGAGCCAAAUGUGGACCAUGACCCUCAUCCACAGCAACAACGUCCUCCUCCGAAACAUCUACAUCAACUCCACCGACUCCCAACACCGCGAUAAGUUCGGCCCUCUGAACACCGACGGCGCAGAUACAAUCUACUCCAACAACAUAACCUUCGCCAACUGGACCGUGGACUGCGGAGACGACAACAUCUCCUCCAAAGCCAACAGUUCCAACAUACUCGUCGAGAAUUGUAUCUUCCACCACGGCAGCGGAAUCGCACUAGGUUCUAUAGGCCAAUAUCCAGGAAAAUACGAAUUCAUCGAGAAUUUCACCGCGCGAAAUAUCGAAAUGUUCGGGCCUGUGCGUCAAGGAGGAUACAUCAAGACUUGGACCGGUGUGCAGAAAGGUGUUCCACCGAACGGUGGCGGAGCAGGAAUUGGCUACAUUCGCAACAUCACGUUCGAGAAUUUCACGUUGCAUGAAGCGGAGAUUGCUUUGGAUAUCACGCAGUGCGUGAACUUCGAAGGCGGAACGGGAGAUUGUGAUACGAGUACGUUUCAGAUUAGUGACUUGCAUUGGAAGGAUAUUCGGGGCACGCAGAGGCGGAAGGAUGCGGUGACCGACUUUCAAUGUUCGGCAAAGGCGCCUUGUCCCAGGAUCGAGGUGAAAGGUUUGGAGAUGAGGGCAGCAGACGAUGGGGAAUUGGUGACCGGACAUAGGUGUAGUAACGUGGUGAAGCCGAUUGGGUUUGCUUGUGAUGGGUAGCGAUGCUACUGCGAGGGCGAACAAACAGGACCAGGCAUAUGAAAGCGACGAAGUAAUACGCGCAUGGGAACCAGUCCUAGUAAAGACGUAAUGAAAUGGCAAC